CUCGACGUCGACCACUUGUCUCUCGACCAGCACUCAGAAUGGGGUGCGGCGGGUCAAAGUCUGCCGGAGAGCGGUCAACGAAGAAUAAGCCCAAGCGAAAGCUAGAAAAACUAGACGUCAAACUUCCUGAAAUCAAGAAAGGCAAGGUCAAGACUACGUACGGUGAUGAUCUGGAUGUGGACGCUCUGGAAGCGCGCGCAGCCGAGGAGGCUGCGUCGCAGCUGAAGGAUCUCAAAAAGGCCAAGAAGCGCGCACCUGCUGCGCCAGCGCCCGAGCCGGUCGGCUCGUGGUCGUCGCUCUCAUCGGCGUCGGACAAGGGCGAGAAAAAGUCCAAGGCGGCCGUCAUCGAGUUUACUGAAGCCGAGCUGGACGCCCUCGAGAAAAAGGGCCAGUCUGAGGCCAAGGCUGCGCUCCGUGGCGGCGGCAAGGGUGGUGGCAAGGGCCGCGGCAAGGGUCGUGCUGGCGGCCGGUCCGGCGGCCGCGGGCGUGGCCGGGCCAAGGGCCGGCGAUGAACAAAUGCAAGGGGAGUGAGAAGCGGACAUACACAGCAUGCAGCGCGCACUGGAUUUAGUACAGAAGAUCGCGGAAA